ACUUUCCAGGAGCGAAAAUUUAUUUGGUGAUGAGAAGCUACAACGUGAAAACAUGGGGCAAAGAAAGUACAUGUCUUUAUAGCAAAGUUGAGAGCUACAAUGACAAGACCAUAACGAUGCGGCAAGGUUACACUCCUCGCACUCAUAAAGGACUGAUUUACCCAGUGACCAUGAAGGUUUCAUGGACUGGAGGAACAGACGUGGCUCCACGACUGAAUGCCUCAACUUACGCCGAUUUUUCCUACAUGAGAGUAUACCGUUUUCAUUACCACGACCGCAAUGAUCACUGCGCUGUUCUCACGUUCACUGACGAUUCAGGCACCAUAAGAUGUGAACUUCAUACUUGGAAAUCAUACAGGUCAGACAAGUAUUACACUAAAUGCAAGGAAGAAUACGAAUACCAGUGCCCAGGCCGCAAGAUUUACUACCCCGAUUUGACCAAUUGUCCAAAUUUGUCAUAAUUGAAAUUUGGUGAGAGUUUGUAAUAUGAGAAUAUAUGAUAUGUGUUAAUGAAAGUGCCAUGUUAUUUUGUCACUUUGUUUAGUUAAUAAAAGUUUCCCCAUUAUUUCUACAUACAA